AUGAUGAACAACCCUGAACUUGCUGUUACUUUGCGCAGUCUGAUUGAAAACGAGAUUCCGGAUGGCCGAGGGAAUCCGGAAAGCAAUUGUUCAAACUUGGGACGCGUCGCUGCUUACUGUAAAGUCAGUUAUGUGCAGGCACAAGAUAAAAAAGCUACAUUUGAUGAAACAAGACGAUAUAUAAUGCAAAGUCUCGCUAGUGUAGCGUAUCAAAUGGAUACCUUGUCUUAUGUUCUGCUGCGUGCACUCGAUUUGCAGUUUGGUAAAAUCAGUAGCAUGGCGUCGCAGCUUUCCCGCUCGUCGACAAUGUUUGCCGAUCACUAUCGUACGCCGCAAAUAGCUACUACUCCAGUCAUAAAUCUUCAAAGGUUUUCUACUGUUACACAUGGAAGCCAGAACAACAAUAAUAUUCCAAAUAAGUCGAAUUAUGAUACUAUAAGCAGGAAAAGUGAUUCGCAGCAAUCAAUGUCUCUUCCUCUUCCUCAGUUGGCAUCGGUAGCUCAGUACAGGUUAUCAGCGAAUAAUUUAGAUGGACUUCCACCACUGCCUAUCUCUGUAAUGAUGGACGAUGAACCACUGCCACCGUCUCCGAUGCAAGCUGCGAUGACACCAAUUUAUGAGUCAACAUUGUCGGACAUUUUGGACAGAAGAACGGUUUCUCAUCGGUAUGAUUCCUCAUAUGCAUACGCAGAUGCUCUGCUUAGGUGAAAUUCAUCUUGCAUUCCGAACAGAAGAACGGUUUCUCACCGGUAUGAUUCAUCAUACGUGUAUGUAGAUGCGAUGUCUAGGUGAAAUUCAUCUUGCAUUCCGAACAAGAGGACGGUUUCUCACCGGUAUGAAUUCUCAUAUGUGUCAUAUGUGUACUCGAUGGCGCAGCGAAAUCUUUCUUGCAUAUUUCGCAUUUGAACUGCUUUCCACCUGUGUGAGUCGUAUGUUCUUUCAGUCUUGACAUUUCCUUUUGAUACAUCCCACAUCAGAAUCUCUUCUUCUUUCUCCCUAUACUUGUUUGUUCCUCACCGGCUUCUUGAAUUGGUAAGUUCAAUGGCCUUGCGUCAUUCUCAUCAGUUUCGCUGAGUUCUACUUGUUCCCCGC